AUAUAGUAAAUGCAGGGGUCCGGGGAGACCAGAUAUAGUGAAAUGCAGGGUCCGGGGAGAGUGGAUAUAAGUGAAUGCAGGGUCCUGGGAGACCCAGAUAUAGUGAAUGCAGGGUCCAGGGAGACCAGAUAUAGUGAAUGCAGGGUCCAGGGAGACCAGAUAUAGUGAAUGCAGGGUCCUGGGAGACCAGAUGGAUAUAGUGAAUGCAGGGUCCUGGGAGACCAGAUAUAGUGAAUGCAGGGUCCGGGGAGAGCAGAUAUAGUGAAUGCAGGGGUCCGGGGAGAGCGGAUAUAGUGAAUGCAGGGUCCGGGGAGAGAGGAUAUAGUGAAUGCAGGGUCCGGGGAAAGCGGAUAUAGUGAAUGCAGGGU